GCCGCCAACAAUACACGUCAAUACGGUUAACCUAAAAAUUCUAGUGUUAUCAACAAAUUCAAAUGUACAGGUGAUAAAAGACUUCCUGCUUUAUUUGCUGGUACGUCCGUCGCACGAAAACCGACCCCGCACCAACUGCUAGCAUGGUAAUACGAAAUAACAUCGACCUACCCAAAAUCUGGCUAUGUUACCUGUUGUUGUGCUUCGCCACAAGCGUACACUGUGUCGGACAGUUAAUAUACGCGGUUAAUUGUGGCGGAGACGCUCACACCGACGCCUACGGCAUUCGAUAUGAGAGGGACCCGUUACACGGUAGGAUUGGCAUUGCAUCCGAUUAUGGGAAAAGACUGUUGAUCGGUCGUGUGCCCCCCAAUGAUUAUAUUUUGUACCAGACGGAAAGAUACCACACGAGCACAUUCGGCUACGAUAUACCGGUUAUAGCUGAUGGGGACUAUGUUUUGGUGCUUAAAUUUUGUGAGGUUUACUUCAAUGCACCUGAUCAAAAGGUUUUUGAUGUAGUUUUAAAUGGGGAGCACACAAUUAUUGCUGAUUUAGAUAUUUACGAGAAAGUUGGUCGGGGUGUCGCACAUGAUGAGUAUAUACCAUUCAAAAUUACAAAAGGGCGCCUGAACGUAAAUGGGGAAGAAUCAGAGAUCAGAGGCAACAGGAUCCGCGUGGAGUUCAUAAAGGGCUACAAGGAUAAUCCCAAAAUCAACGCAAUGUACGUGGUGAAAGGCGAACUGGAAGACGUACCGAAACUGCCACCAAUUCCUAUGGAACAACCACCGCUAGAAGCAGCCGCACAAAAAGAGGAACCGGAACCACCGAAAAGCCGACCGCGGGCCAGCGGUCCAAAAUUGCCCGAUCCCUACGAUUCGGACGAAUCGUCCAUCAUGUUGCCGGUCUUCAUUGCGAUAGGGGCUUUCAUUCCCAUAGUGUUUUGUCUUUGUAAGCUGUGAUUAGACCGCCGAUAAAUUUUUGUCGAACGAAAUAUGUGAUCACUACCGUACAAUUUUAUUAGAUUGUUGUAAGUUUUUCUUUCUGGAGAGUUAAGAGUGCAAUGCUAUUUUUCAAGUAUUUUAAUUAGGUUGGGAAAUUAUCAGGGCAAUUAUGCACAGCAAUUUAUAUUUAAAUGUACACGUUCAAUUAAAACUAUUGUUUUAUAGAUAAUUUCCUUGAUAAUUAUUUUAUUUUACUGGAAUGCUGCGUUUAUUCGCUUCACACUUCUGUCCUGACUGCAUAAACAGACUUAUAUUUUGUGAUUUGUCAAUUGGUUAGUGUAUUUUUUAUAUUUUACUUAUACAGCAACACUGUAUUUUAUUUACAGUUUGUUUUAUUAUGUACUUAAUUCAUGUACUUACUUUUUAUUGCCGGUUUUAUUGUGAGCUUGUUACAGUCGUUUUUGUUGUAUGUUGUUACUUAGACAAGACUUUUAUAAAAAUAAAUGUAUUUAUUAAGUUA